UUCACUUGGGCAGUAAGGACCAACCGAGCCGGUCCCGGAACAUCGACGACUCGAUGGAUGCAAUGGAAGUCGCACCGUUUAGACCAUGGGAAGACUUUUUCCCUGGAGCUGAUCGCUUCGCCAAACCAGAUAUGUCAGACUUAGCUAAAUGGAAUAACAGAGUAAUAAGCAAUUUGCUGUACUUUCAGACAAAUUAUUUUACGGUGGCUGUUGUGCUCUUCCUGAUUGUCGGGUUUAUGAACCCAGUGGGAAUGUUGCUUGGUGGCACAGUGGUCACCGUGGUCUUUAUGGGCUUAGUGUGGGCUGGAGAGAACAAAGCUGUGGUCAAGAACUUCAAGAAGAAGAACCCUGCUCUCUUUCUUAUUGUUGUCAUGGCAACCAGCUACUUCCUGCUCUCUCUCUGUGGAGGGGUGAUGGUGUUUAUCUUUGGCAUCACAUUCCCUUUGCUCUUGAUCCUGAUACAUGCCUCUCUGCGACUACGUAGCAUGAAGAACAAGUUGGAGAAUAAGAUUGAGGGUGCAGGGCUGAAGAGGACACCUAUGGGAGUAAUCUUAGAUCUGCUAGACCAGCAAGAGGAGAAGAUCAACAAGAUCCAGGAUUUCAUUGAGAGCAAGCUUAAGGAAUGAGCCUGGUGAUUAUCAGUAUGCACAAAGUCCUAAUUAGGAUUAUGUUCAUUCCUCCCCUCCCAGUUAUAACCAAUAUAUUGUGUGACAAAGGGUCCUGUAACAAAACAAGAAAGUAAUGUCUUCCAAAGGUUCUUUGGUUUUUCCCAACUAUGUUACAGUAGUCGUUUAAAUUCUGCGUGUUAUUGAUUCCUACUUUAAACCACAUAAGUUGUAUGUACGACGUAAGAACUCUUUGGAAUACUUUUUUGUUUUCUUUUGGAUUUUUUAUUGCUACCUUUAAUAAGUUGUCAUCUUACAUAUGGCAAUCUGUCUCCUAUUUUAGCAUGCUGAGCUUUCUUGCAAAAGCUACUGUGCAAUGCUGUUACCUUCCCUUAUAUAUGCACCUUUGAUAUAACAUUUUUGCACAUAAGAUGGGUUUUUGACUGUAAAUCAAUAUUGUUAGAACAGUUAUAGUAAACAGUCCAGUAUAGAAUGUGUUUUGAUAAGAUGGGCAUAGCAUUUUGAAUCUUACAAAGGCCUAAAAAUAUGGCUUCAGUAUGAAGGAAAGCACUUCAGAAUGUUGCAUUUUUGUUGGUAUUCUGGUAUCUUUUCUAGGGCAUAGUAAAUGUGUACUGUUUUCCUCUGUGAGUAUAGCAUUCUGCAGGGUCACAGUGAUGCACAUUUUACAGUGCUUGUUAGAAAUUUACUGAAAAUGUCAUGGUAGAAUUUGUCUAUAGUUAUCUGAGUCACUUUGAUGAAGAGCAAAAAUGCUACCUCAAAUUAAACCAUUGUCAUAACUCCUACCCUAAUGCAGGACUCCAAUAAAGAAAAUGCAAGCUAUGUCUGCAUAUGAUUUGAUGCAUACCCCUAGGAUGCUGGUGUAUUUACUGGCAUAAGUUUGUACUAUAAAUCCUUCUUGACAUAUCACAGUAAUUUACACUAUACGUAUAUGCAGCUAAUUAGUGAGGUGUUGGGCUCAUUUUUAUAAAAGAUGCAAAGCAUCACAUCCUAACUAUUAGAAAAAGUUAGAAGUGCUUCUCGCUUUAAUAUUUUAGGAUGCUGUUUGUGCAGUGACAGGGGAAAUUCAUCCCUGUGACAGCUAUGCAAUGCAGACAAACAUAGAGAUGGACUUUGUCCAUUCAUGUCUAUAUGUUACAUUUCUCCAACACAUACAAAUUCACACACAUGCAUAAAGGAAGGUAUGUGUAUGUUUUAUCAUUGUUUAUUGACACUUGCUGGCAAUUUCUCAAACCAUUUUUGAAUCAAAAAUAUAUAAAGUUAAUUAUAUUUAUUGUUUUAAAGGCGACAUGCAUCUAAAUUGUUUAAAACUGCUUUAUAGCUUUGCCAGACUUAUUUUUCACUGAUGUUUACAGGAAGGAUAACUUGACUGGUAUGUAAUCAGUAGAUUAGAGAAGACUCAUGCUAUGUCUGUAUAAGAUUUUAUGCACACACACAUCUCAUGCUAUAGAUAGUACCAUAACUAAACAUGUCUAAACUGUUUUCUUAUGUUUGGAGUUACGGGAUUUUGAUCUUAUGUAACGAUACAUAUUCCAAGUUAAAGCAUCCUAUAAUGAGAAAUGAAUAGUAUGGAUCGUUUGAAUGUUGUAAAAUAAACAAUGCAUACAAAAUAA